GUCUAUGGUUAUAACCUAGAAAAUAUUGGUAGAAUUUUUUCAUAUUUUGAACACCGACCGCAUGUUGUGGCUCCUUGUGUAUUGUUUAAUUGUUUAAUUUACGUAUUUUUGACGGUUUGACUUACACAAAGUGAUAUUAAGUGUAUUAAACGUGUUGAAUAAGUAUUUAAUAGAUAAGUAUGGCAAAGAUUGGUGCUCUACACAAGUCGUACAGUAAAGUUAAACCAGGAAAACGUUUGCCAAAACAAUUGCCUGUAAUUUCAAAGAAGAAAAAGCCCAAACAUAAUGUUGAAAGUGAUACCGGCCAUAGCGAAACGGAAAAUUCAGUGGACAUUACAGUUGGAUCCUUGUUGAAAAAUCCUUUCAAACAGAGCACCUUGAUUGAUCCAAAUCAAGUGCAAAAAGGGGUUUCUGCAUUACUGAAUGCUGUAAAGAAAACAGAAGAAAAGGAACAAGCACUUUUUAGUGAAGAUAAGCCCAUUUUUUUACAAAUUGUCUGUAUGAAAGUACCUCAGACACCAGUUCGAUUUAUCAGGAUACUACUUCCAAAUUCACCUUUUUCAAGUGAAGCAGAAGUUUGUCUAAUAGUAUCUGAUGUUAAAAAGAACGGGCCUAUAGAUGAUGAAGAAACGGUAACUUUUUAUGAGAAUGUAUUGGCACAAAAGGGUGUUACGAAUAUUAAAACAAUCAUACCACUACAUCAGUUAAAGACAGAGUACAAUAUGUAUGAAUCAGUUAGAAGACUCGUUGACUUGUAUGACGUAUUUUUGGUAGAGGGUAAAAUUUCUGGCAAGGUUGCACAUAUCUUGGGAAAGAUAUUUAUAAGUAAACGUAAAAGUCCCACUCCUAUUAAGAUAAAAGGGGACAGUUUAUGUGCACAGAUUAGCUGUGCCCUUAAUAAGUCAUUGCUUCAUAUUCAUUCAAAAGGGGAUUCGUUUACAAUGCAAGUGGGAAAUACCAGUAUGAACGAAGAAAAUAUGAAAGAGAAUGUCAUUGCAGCUAUUGAGGGACUUGCAACUGAAUUUCCAGGUGGUUGGGAAAACAUUUCAACACUUUAUUUGAAAACAACUACUAGCAUAAGCAUCCCAAUUUAUAUAAAUUUAAGUAAGAAACAAAAACGAAGUGAAAGUACCAAUUGUGAAACCCAAGAGACCUAA